AUUGAUAAUAGGAAAAAGGAUAUAAACACUGCCUUUUAUAAAAUGAGAAAAACAAAAACUCAAUUUAUUAUCUUUGGUCUUCUACUUUCUGUUGCUCUCGCAGCAUAGGCUCAUAGAAACCUUAGAAGUAGCAAGUACUUUCCACAUGCCAAGAAGCAUAGAUUAAGUGAAAAAAUGAUGAAUAAAAAUCCAAGUGUUAAUCAAGCCUAGAAGUUUGUUUAAGUUAAGAAUGCUGACUGGAACUAUGAUCCAAAUGUUAAUUAAACCAAUUAAACAUUUGUAUAAACCAGUAGUGGUGAUUGGUGGUUUGAUCCCAAUAUUAAUUCAACCAAUUAAACAUUCUUUGUAUAAACAAGUAGUGGUGAUUGGUGGUUUGAUCCCAAUAUUAACUCAACCAAUUAAACAUUCUUUGUAUAAACAAGUAGUGGUGAUUGGUGGGAUGAUCCCAAUAUUAAUUCAACCAAUUAAACUUUCUUUGUAUAAACUAGUAGUGGUGAUUGGUGGUUUGAUCCCAAUAUUAACUCAACCAAUUAAACAUUCUUUGUAUAAACUAGUAGUGGUGAUUGGUGGUUUGAUCCCAAUAUUAACUCAACCAAUUAAACUUUCUUUGUAUAAACUAGUAGUGGUGAUUGGUGGUUUGAUCCCAAUAUUAACUCAACCAAUUAAACUUUCUUUGUAUAAACUAGUAGUGGUGAUUGGUGGUUUGAUCCCAAUAUUAACUCAACCAAUUAAACUUUCUUUGUAUAAACUAGUAGUGGUGAUUGGUGGUUUGAUCCCAAUAUUAACUCAACCAAUUAAACUUUCUUUGUAUAAACUAGUAGUGGUGAUUGGUAGAUUGAUCCCAAUGUUAAUCAAGCAUAGUUCGCUUAAGCUAAGAGUGGUGACUGGAAUCAUGAUACAAACAGUGAUUAAACAUGGUUUGUAGAAACUGCAGCUGCAUUUGACGAUGAAGAAUAGCCUGUACUUGCUAUAUAAAAUUGA